AUGGUAGAAGGCCUACAAGGCACCAUUCAAAAAUGGUUAUGGAACAUUGGAAAUGAAGAUCUUGGAACUUUCACAGAAGUUUCAACAGAAGUUGAAACUGAAAUGAGGACAAAUGCUACUGGAAGCCUCAAAUUUGAGAAGAACCCUGUUAGAAGUGUCUUGUACUCGAUUACUAAGAAACAAGGAAACUUCACGGUCAAUAUACAUGAAAGAAAAUGCAACAGCAAAAGAUUCCAACAGGAUGAAAUACCUUGCUGCCAUGCAUUGAUUGAAAUUGUAAAAAGAAGACUUAGUUGCUACAACUACUGCUUCAAAAACUACAAAACAACUACAAUGAGAGGAAAAUAUGAAGCAACUCUUAACCCAUUGCCUAAUGAGUGUGAAUGGAAACUAGUAGAACAUCUAGAAAUAAAAUAG